GCAGGUAAUCCGGUAACCUUGGCAGUUCACUAUCAUAUUUUGAUGUACAUUUGUUUAUAUUCUCGCUUGGGAAUUUAAAUGAAGAACAACGUGAUAUAAAAUACGUUUGGAAUAUUUACUUGUAGGAAACAAAUGCAUUUAUCAGUAUGAUGUCGGUCAAGUGUUCAAUUCUUUUUCUGACGAUUCUAGUACUUGUUGUCCCAGCAAAGUUUCAGUCUCCAAGUAUCUACUCCCUUCAUGUUAGAACGGAUGUUCAGUACCGCUUUGCUACUACACUGGUCACCAGCCGAGUGGCCAACCCGGCUAACUACACACAGGAGACUGUUUUCAAUGUCUUCCUACCAGAGGAGGCCUUUAUUUCAAACUUUACUCUUGAGAUAGAUGGUGAGAUAUAUCCCGGUAUAGUAAAGGACAAAGGUGAAGCAAAGAAAGAUUAUGAGAGAGCAAAGAAAAGAGGACAGACAGCCGGACUUGUCAGUCAAAAGCCACGAGAAUCGAGGAAGUUCAAUGUCAAAAUAGCAGUGGCUGCGUUCAGUAAAUCUACGUUCAAUUUAACAUACCAGGAAUUUCUUAAACGUGUCAAAGGGGCGUAUGAACACAAGAUAUUUAUAAACCCUGGCUAUCCCGUUAAAGAUUUUAAGGUCACAGUAGCCAUUUUGGAAUCACGUGACAUUACAAAGCUCGUGGUUCCCCCAAUCAAAGCUCUGAAAUAUUUACUUACGGAAAACGAAGAGGUAAAGGAAAACGCGCUCGCGGUAAUAACAAGGCCUACCAGUAGAAGUGCAUACAUUCAAUAUUCACCAACGUUAGACGAUCAAGGCACGAACGGUGUGUCUGGACAGUUUAUUGUACAAUAUGAUAUAGAUAGGUCACUGGAUGGGGGAGAUAUUUUGGUCGUCAAUGGGUAUUUCGUGCAUUUUCUUGCCCCAGAAGUAAACACGGUUAUCCCGAAAGACGUCCUCUUUAUAUUGGAUGUCAGUGGUUCAAUGGGUGGACGGAAAAUCGAACAACUAAAGGAUGCAAUGUUUAUUGUACUAGAUGAGCUGAAGGAGGGAGACCGAUUUAACAUAAUAACAUUUUGUCAUGAUGUUAAAACGUACAAGCCGGGCAUGAUAGAUGUAACUCAGAGGGAGGUUCUUGAUGCAAAAACGUUUACUAAAAGAAUUACUGUCAAUGGCUUUACAGACAUUAAUAAAGCUGUAAUGAAAGGUCUGAAGCUACUCCAUAACUCACGGCAAGAAGACGAACGGUCCCCAGUUAUAGUGUUUCUUACAGACGGGCAACCAACAGGCGGCGAAACAAAUCCUAAUUCAAUAUUGAGAAACAUCGAUGUUGGCAAUGAAGGUAUGUAUAUUUUCAAAUGAUUGUAGCCCUUGAUC